AUGGACGUGAGGCGGGUCCAAGCUACCGAAGCCGGGCCGAAAAUUACGGUGACUAUUGUCUCGGCUUUGGUUUGGGCAGUUUUCGAGUGGAUGCUGAUGUUUUUGAUUAUUCUCAAUGCUGGGUUUUGGCAGUUGGUCACAAGAUUUGCACGCUACUGCCAGCUGCAAAUCCCGUGUUUGCUGUGCUCGAGCGAGAGCUUUAAUUUGUACAGGGAUUUAAUCUGCCAAAGCCACAAGCUAAAGAUCUCAUCUUUAUUCCUUUGCCGAACUCACAAUAACCUGGUUGAUGUACACGAAACGUGUGAGAGCUGCAUUUUAAACAAGUCGAAUUCCGAGACGUACAGAUUUGUGGUAGGCGAGAUGGGAGCUGUGCCUCAUGAUGGCCUGGUCGAAAGUGGUUUGAGAAAAUGCAUUUGUUGCAACGAACAAUGGGUUUCAAGAACUUGGGCCUGCGAGUUGUCUCAGAGCAUAUCAAUCAGUCCUCAGGGACCUGAUGCGCAAUUUCCGCAUUUGGGGUAUACAAAGGUUAAGGGCACUUCUGAUUCUGGGUCAGAAAGCCGAUUUUCGGAUACACAAAGUGCCGACACACUUAUACGUGAGGUGGAGAUAUUGGGCCCAGAUUUAGAGACUAAGUAUUUAUCCACAGAACCUCAAGUUCUGUCUAUGGCUGAUGAUGCUCCAGCUCCUCCUCAAGUCAAAACUUCAUUUUACAAAUCUGUGGACCCUACCGAUUCACGUCAUACUGUAGAACCCAAGGCAGCCCUUGAGCAUGGAUCGGGGGAAAUGAAGUGGAAGCAAGGUGACCAUAAUAAUGACAUUUGCAAACCAUACGAGACUAUAUCCUUUUCAGAGGUUCUUCCAUCUCCGGAUAUUGAUGGGACCCAAUAUGAUGAAUCCAAGGGACCUGAUCCCACGAAUGCUUCAAGACCGGAGACCAACAAGCCGCAAUCUCUCGACCUCGGUGAUGCUUACAGAUUAGCGGUCACUGGCACCCGAGGCAGACAACUUUCCGGAAAGUUCCUAGAACAACAGAAGUCAAUGGCUGAGUCAACUAGAGCCAGUGAGGACCUGAAACUCCUGCUGUCCCAGUUAUCAGCCGCUAACAGUGAAGACCAAACGAUCCAGAGGCGAAUCUCGCUCGAGAGGAACGAGUCCGGAUUAUCCCUCGAUGGAACCACAUUGAGUGAAAUCGAGGGCGAGAGCUCGGUGGACAGAUUAAAACGACAGGUUGAGCAUGACAGGCGAAUAAUUUCGGGUCUGUAUCGGGAGCUAGAGGAGGAGAGAAGUGCCUCGGCAGUUGCUGCCAGCCAGGCAAUGGCCAUGAUUACUCGACUGCAGGAGGAAAAAGCGGCUUUACAUAUGGAGGCUCUGCAGUACUUGAGAAUGAUGGAGGAACAAGCUGAGUACGAUGGGGAGGCGCUGCAGAAGGCUAAUAUUCUGCUUGCUGAGAAGGAGAAAUUGGUUCGGGAGCUCGCGUCCCAGCUUGGGCCAUCUGAAGCCCAGCAAGCUGACUUGUCGACUUCCGAUUAG